AUGACAACAAAGGACCCACGCCCAAACACCCUGACGGGCUUUGCGCUGCACAUCAAGGGCAAACUGAGCCGGUCAAGCAGCCCCAAGGCCAAUGGCAACGGGACCGACAAGGGCAAGGCUGCACAGCGCCACGAGGCCAAGCGGCUGGAGAAGCAGGAAAAGGCAGAGCGCCAGUCCCGCGAUGUCCAGAGGAGAGAGGACAAGCUCCGCCAUGAGGAGGAACUGGCCAAGGAGGAGGACGACGAGGCGACAUACGCCCGCUACGGAGACGUGGCCGAACCCUCGGAGCUGCCGUCCUAUCCCAAGGACAUCUCGACCAUUGACCAACUCCCGACACUGGCGGUAGGGACCGACGUCGCCUUCCGCGCCAGAAUCUUUACCCAGCGUCGCCUAUCGCCCAAGCUUGACUUCCUGUUGUUCCGCGACCAGGAGUUUUCUGUCCAGGGAGUGCUGGCCAACGCAAGCCCCCACAUGAUCCGCUGGGUGCAGCGACUGCACCCGGAGUCGCUCGUCCAUGUUACGGGAUGCCUGAAGACCCCGCAUCAGGACGUCCGCUCUGCGACCGUACACAACCUCGAGGUCGAGGUGUUCUCUCUGCAUGUUGUCAACGAGGCUGGUCACCUGCCCUGGAGCAACUACGACGCCCCCGAGUCGCUCCACACGAGAAUGCAAGCACGGGUGCUUGACAUCCGCCACCCCUCCAACAUUGCCAUCUUCAAGAUCCGGUCCAUGAUCGUUCGCCAGUUUCGACGGACUCUUGAGGAUCUGGACUUUAUCGAGAUCCAGACUCCCAAACUGCAGCCGGCGGCAACUGAGAGCGGCAGUGAAGUUUUCAAGGUCAACUAUUUCGGACGCACAGCUUUCCUCGCCCAGAGUCCGCAGUUGGCGAAGCAAAUGGCCAUCUCAGCCGAUUUGAGAAAAGUGUUCGAGGUUGGUCCGGUAUUCCGAGCUGAGAACUCCAAUACUCACCGGCACUUGACCGAGUACACUGGACUUGACGUAGAGAUGGAGAUCACAAAAGAUUACCACGAGGUGAUGAUGACAGUCGACAAGUGUUUGAAGAAUAUCUUCACCGCAGUCCAGUCCAUGCCCGAGCUCAAGGUUGUCCGGGAACGAUUCCCCAGUGAGGAUUUGGUUUGGCUUGAAGAGACUCUCGUGCUUCCAUUCCCUGAAGGUAUUCAAAUGCUCCGGGAUGAUGGAAGAGACGUUGCGAUGGAGGAUCUGUCUACUCGGGAUGAGAUCCGACUCGGUCAGCUGGUCAAGGCAAAGUACAAGACAGACUACUACAUCCUCGACAAGUUUCCCGCCAACGCACGACCAUUCUACACGCACAAGGCCGAGGACCCGGAGUUCACCAACUCGUACGACAUCUUCGUGCGAGGACAGGAGAUUUGCACUGGUGGACAACGUAUCCACAAUGCACAGCUGUUGCGCGAGAGUAUGAGGGCGGCAAGGAUAGCCGAGGGAGACAUGGUCGAGUAUCUGGCAGCAUUCGACCUCGGACCGGCGCCCCAUGGAGGUGCAGGUCUCGGCCUCGAGCGUGUGGUAAUGCUGUUACUGAACCUGGGUGACGUGAGGAAUGCCACUUUGUUCCACAGGGACCCCAAGUCGUUGCCCGCACGCCCGCCAAGUCUCCCGCAUCCCGAAGCGGACACCACCAAGCAUUGGCAGUACCAGGAAGCGCCGCCGAUCGAAAAGCUUAUUGCGAAUUAUGGAGACGCCUCCAACACUUCGUGGCUCGAUCCGCGUUUUGAUAUUUGGCGUCAUCCGAACGGUGCAGCUGUGGGCUUUGGUACACAGGACGACAAGUUCGCCAUGACCAUUGGUGAUCCUCUUUGCGACCAAAGCCAAUACGAGGAGGUCAUUUCUGCCUACACUAAGUAUGUCGAGAAGGACCUGAAGCUCACUCCGGUUUGGAUGCUGGUGUCAAAAGAAGUUGAGGAGAUCCUCGCGCGUAACCACAAAUGGCGCACACUCACCUGCGUGGAGGAACAACGCAUCAACGCCGACCACCACAAGGAGCCCAGCAAACACGAUAUGUCCCGCGUCGAGCGGGAGGGCAUCGACGUUGAUGAGGUGCACUUGAACGAGGACUUCAAGAAGCGGGCCGACAAGGCCAUUGAAGAAUGGAAGGCAGCUCGCAAGGAGAAGGGCAAGCAAGUCCAUCUGACGGAGAUUCGUCCUUGGGUAGACUCGGAGCAUCGACGCUACUUCUCGGCCGAGAAAGAUGGCAAGGUUCACGCUCUUGUUGUGCUGGCGCAACUUGCCCCUCGCCAUGGCUGGCAAGUGAAGUGGGCCAUGGACUUCCCUGGUUCCCCGAACGGUACCAUUGAGGUGCUCGUCGAGAAGGCUCUUUCCGCAGUGACUGGAAACGUGACUUUCGGCGUCGGUGUGUCAGAGAAGCUUACGCCGGGCAACCAGCUCCAUGGCGUCCGAGCCAAGUUCUUGGCCAACACAUAUGAAGUCAUCAUGAAGAGUCUGUCACUGAACAAGAAGGCCGGAUUCAGAGAGAAGUUUGGCACCUUUGGUGAACAAGUCUGGAUUUGCUACCCACGGUACGGAGUUGGCGUCCAAGAUCUGAAGCAAUUUGUCAGGUUCUUCGAGGAUCAAGAAUAG